GGCGCCUCGUGCCGGGGAGCCAUCGCUGCAGCCCGAGGCCGGGUCCCGGGUCGGGGGCUGCAGGGGGAGGCGACGGCGGCGGCGGCUGGAGCCCCACCGGGGGCCCGGGACUGGGGAACUGCCUCCGGCUUCACGAUGCCAGUAUGGACAGAAUAGCUUAUGAUGCUUAUCCCCACCCACCACUUCCGAGACAUUGAGCGGAAGCCAGAAUACCUCCAGCCGGAGAAGUGUGUCCCACCACCCCACCCCAGUCCUGUGGGAACCAUGUGGUUUAUCCGUGACGGCUGUGGCAUUGCCUGUGCCAUUGUCACCUGGUUUCUGGUCCUCUAUGCGGAAUUUGUGGUCCUCUUUGUCAUGCUGAUUCCAUCCCGAGACUAUGUGUACAGCAUCAUCAACGGAAUCGUGUUCAACCUGCUGGCCUUCUUGGCCCUGGCUUCUCACUGCCGGGCCAUGCUGACGGACCCCGGGGCAGUACCCAAAGGAAAUGCCACUAAAGAAUUCAUCGAGAGUUUACAGCUGAAGCCUGGACAGGUGGUGUACAAGUGUCCCAAAUGCUGCAGCAUCAAGCCCGACCGAGCCCACCACUGCAGCGUUUGCAAGCGGUGUAUUCGGAAGAUGGACCACCACUGUCCGUGGGUCAAUAACUGUGUUGGCGAGAACAACCAGAAGUACUUCGUCCUGUUUACAAUGUACAUAGCUCUCAUUUCCUUGCACGCCCUCAUCAUGGUGGGAUUCCAUUUUCUGCAUUGCUUUGAAGAAGACUGGACAAAUCUGCUGCAAGCCUACGGACUGACCAGGGAAGGGACAGCAGAGGCCCGACUCUCUCUUCAUGAAAAAAAGCAGCCCCUUAAAGUCAGUUCCACAGAGUGCAGCUCGUUCUCGCCACCUACCACAGUGAUCCUCCUCAUCCUCCUGUGCUUCGAGGGGCUGCUCUUCCUCAUUUUCACAUCAGUGAUGUUUGGGACCCAAGUGCACUCCAUCUGUACAGAUGAAACGGGCAUCGAGCGCCUCAAACGAAAGCACCAGCCCAGGGAGCGCAGGGGCAGCUGGAAGUCGGUGAAGGAGACCUUCGGCGGGGACUUCUCCCCGAACUGGUUCAACCCCUUCUCCGGACCGUGCGACCCCGAGCCUCUCAGUGACAGGGCCUGGGUGCGGCAGGCGGCCUCGCUGUCCGACACGGACAACACAGAGACCACGGAGGAGCAGUCGGAGGAGAGGAAGGACGAGGACUCCGUGGAGGUGAUAGAUGAGUGAGGCUGCCGUGGGGGGAGCCCGUCACCCGAAAGCCGCAGGCAACCUGGACGCACCCCUGCACCCCACUGUCGCCCGCAGACCGCCCGCUGCCACUGCCAUCCCCUGCACCGCCUCGUCCUCUCCCCGGGUCGGGCCGGGUCUUGGGGGGAUGGACUAGGGGUGACGAGAGGACGAGACUUGGAAUCCAUCAGGAAGGGUCUGCCCAGAGCGGGCCUGGACGUCCCUCCAAGACCGGGCGUCCUCGGCAUCUGGCACAGCCUUGCCAGCAAAGGAAGCUCCAAACGGGGUAGCCCGGGGGCAGGAAAGAACUUGCCUUUGGCCUUUCUUGGGAUGUCUGUCUUCUCUUGGGGAGGUUGGGGCCCUAGCUCCUGGCUUUGGAGAACGAAGGCCAUGAUGUUAUGAUGGAAGGACAGAGCAGGGCUGGCUGCGGGGACCCCGGGCUGGGACAGUGACAUCAGAAGAGACCAGCCUGGAAAGGUCUCAGGAUCCUGGCUGCUCCCCGGGAAGGCUUGUCUAACCUAGGACAGGGGCACGGCUGCCACAGCCACCGGCAAGGUCAGACCUGAGGGUCAGGCUUGGCUUGAGGAGGCCCUUCACUGGGCUGGACACACGCAUACAUGCGGGACGUGCCCAGGCUCAAAAGGCGAGUUAUGACCGUAACUGUGUCGUGGCAGUGGUGCCAAAGCUGAGCUCCCAUCCCGUCCCAGGGAUACGAGAACUGUCACUGAGUCGGAGAGCUUGGAGCCGUCCUGCCUGGUGGCUCCAGGUCUGUCCAUUCACAGGUAGGGAUGGGGGAGAGGACCUAUUUAGAGCUGCUGGGGACCUUCUGAGCACCCCCCCGCCCCCACCCCAUAGCUUAAUUAACUUUCCCUCUGGAGAGAGUCUCACAACCCACGUGGGCAGUAGAACCGACCAGAAAUCUGGCCUGUGUUUUAAGCCACUUCUCACAAGAUAGGGCCUGUUGUGUUUCUCUGAGAGGAUGGGUGGUGGCCGGGGACUACAGAUUGACGAGCCAAAAAGACACAUACACACACACACACUGCCAGGAUGAGGCUAGUUGAACCCCAGGGUUAACUACUCAGCGGGGCCAGUGUUCACAGAGCCACCUGUGCUAAGCCCUGCUCAGAGCCCCCGGAGGACAUCCCACGAGGGGCUGAUGGUGAGGCUCUAACAGGGACAGAGCAGCCAGGCCAUAGGCCCAUCUUGGUCCAUAUCAGCUUUUUUUUUUUUUUUUAAGAUUUUAUUUAUCUAUUCAUGAAAGAGAAGGAGAGAGGCAGAGACACAGGCAGAGGGAGAAGCAGGCUCCAUGCAGGGAACCCCAUGUGGGACUCGAUCCCGGGACUGGGAUCACGCCCUGGGCCAAAGGCAGACACUCAACCGCUGAGCCACCCAGGCGUCCCUAUAUCAGCUUUAAUAUUUAUUCAUGACGAGCAGGAGGGCUGGUCGGCUCCGAGCCUGUGGACUCGCAGUCUGGGCAGGACGCGGCCACUGGCCCCUCUGGGAGAGCCGUUCUCUGAUCACAGAGGCCUGUGGUUUGUUGUCCUAACCCAGGAGGCAGCCGGGAGGCAGGGGGGCUCAGAGGGGUGCAGCACGGCGACCGAAUACCAAAGACUCCACACGCGGGGGGAAGCAGUGUCGCCCCUGGAGGCCCCGAGGAGGCCGCACACGUAGAGUUAGGGUCACCACUGGCAAUGUCCGUCUCCAUGGAUUUCGGGCCCUGGUCGGAGGGGGGCUGACGCUCCUGCUCAGGGCCCCCCGCACAGCAGGCUCAUCUCGCACCAUAGCUCAGCGCAGCCCACCGGGUUCUGGGGCCCCGUCCAACCCUGAGCUUCCUGUCCUCACUGCACGGCGACAGCAUAACACUGUGCUUGCCUCACACUGGACUGUAACCGCUGUCAAAACCCAAGGAGGGCUGCGGGGAGGGAGGCUGGGCGCACACUCCACCUCCGGGCUCUGAAUAAAAAGCUCUUUGCUUGA